AUGGCAGCAGCUUUCGCAGCUCUAGUUUCUCUUCAGAAUAAUCUACGCCUCGUCCGCACUCACCCCACCCAUUCCUUUUCCUUCGAAGAAGAACAGAUUGAAUCUCUUUGGGAAACUGUCAGUUUCUUGAUCAAAUUCAUGAAAAGCUACGACAAUUCUCAUGGGGCCACAAAAGAAGCUGCAGAAGCUCUAGAGAUACGAAUCGCGCGUGCAGCUCAAGCUGCUGAAGAUGUGAUCGAAUCACAUAUAGUGGAUCAGAUUCGCAGUGGAAAAACAAGAUCGAAAACAAGAUCACCUCGUUUCCUGCUGGAUCUGCAGAAAGUAAUACAAGACAUGGAUUAUAUGAGGAGAAAGGCUACCAAUGUGAAAGCGCAGAGUGGAAUUAAUGAGGCAGAUUCAGCAGCAGAAGUUAUUUCAUCAACGCCUCCCAUGGCCUCCAAAAACAGUAGCAUGGUGGGAUUUGAUGAUGUCUUACAUCAACUUUUGGAUCAGCUCACCGGAUUUCCCUCAAGUCGGCGAGUCAUCCCCAUCAUAGGUAUGGGGGGAAUUGGUAAGACAACACUUGCCACAAAUGCUUUUCAACAUCCAUUAACUGUGCAUCAUUUUGAUGUUUGUCUUUGGGCUACAAUAUCUCAACAAUAUAGCGUUCAGAAAAUUCUCAUACAACUUGUGUCUUGUCUAAGAAAAUCCAUUAGGAAAAGUGUUGAUGAAUCCAGUAGCUGUGAAACUGUUGAUGUGAUUCGAGAUGAGUUGUAUAAGAGUUUAUUUGGACGAAGGUAUUUGAUUAUUCUAGAUGAUAUGUGGAGUCUCGAAGCAUGGUAUGAUAUCAAAAAUUUGUUUCCGGAUACACACGAUGGAAGUCGAAUUGUUGUGACUACUAGGCACGCAGAUGUGGGCAAUCAUUUAGGCGUUUCACAUCUUACAAUUGAUUUUCUGGAUGAGGAGAAUAGUUGGGAUCUAUUUUGUCAAAAAGCAUUUGCAGAGCAAGGUUGCCCUUCUGAGUUGGAGGAGUUGGGAAAGAUGAUAGUCGAAAAGUGCAAAGGACUUCCCCUUGCAAUUGUUGUGGUUGGAGGCCAUCUCAGAAAGUCCUCAAUGACUCAAGAAUACUGGGAGAAUGUUGCACAUCAUAUGAAUUCAAUUUUGGAAUAUUCUACAGAGAAUGAUGAGCAGUGCUUGAAUGUAUUAUCUUUGAGUUACAGCUACUUGCCUGCUCGUCUUAAGCCGUGCUUCCUAUUUUUGGGGGUAUUUCCAGAAGAUGAACAAAUUUAUGUGCCAGACGUUCUUAAAUUUUGGAUUGCUGAGGGCUUUAUAGAAUCUUCCAAUAACACCCGCUUGGAUGAGGCUGGACGGUAUUACAUAAGGGAUCUCUCUGAGAGAAAUCUCAUUUUAGUUGAUGGAUGGGAUUACAAUGGAGAAGUUUGUAUGAUUAAAGUACAUGAUCUAGUUAGAGAACUGUGCCUAAAGAUUGCCAAGACAGAGGAGUUUUUAUCUGUGUUGGAUACUCCACAAGCAAUAAACAGGGAGCGCCGAGUUGUAAUCAGUGGAGAAAUUCCAGAGACAAAAACCUUUGAUGCUCCAAUCCGUUGUCUGAUAUGCGAAGGGGGUCGGCUAUCGCAUGACUUGAAAUUGUUGAGAACAGUGCAUGAGGUUGCUGCCUCAUCAACAACUGACUCUAUAUUUCAGCAACUUAACUUGCGUUAUCUUAAAGUUGAUAUUGAUCAGAAGAGUCGUCCAAGUGUUUAUCUUCCUUCAUCAAUAUCGCUGCUCUGGAAUUUGCAAAUAUUAAGAAUUUGGGUACCCACUCAUUCAACUGUGAUUGCACCAUAUGAGAUUUGGGAGAUGGUACAGCUUAGGUAUUUUGAGGUAUAUCCAGUUUGUCUUGUUGAUCCUCUUCCUGUGGACAGAUUAGACCAAGCAAAUGACUUGGUUUUGAGAAAUCUACACACACUUUCAAUUGUAGAGAAUUUGAGGUUUAGUGAAGAGGUUUGCAAGAGAAUCCCCCAUGUUAGAGAAAUGCAUUUGUCAUAUUGUGAUGAAGCGAGUUCAUCUUACUGUCCCUCCAAUCUUGGCAACUUCCAUGAACUGGAAUAUCUACUAUUGAAAUUCGAUGGAAAUUCAAAGUGGCAUGAUUUUUGUUUGAGUCUUACUUUCCCAAAUUCACUCAAGUGGCUGUAUUUAAGUGGUUGUGGUGUUGAUUGGGAUGAAUUGACAAUCAUGGUUGGCUCGUUGCCCAAUCUUGUGUGUCUUAAGUUGUGUCAGAAUGCAGUGAUUGGAUCAGUAUGGAGCCCUAUUGAGGGGAAAUUCCGACGCUUGAGACAGUUGGUGAUUCUUGGUUGUGAUGAUUUAAUCUACUGGAAUGCAGAAAACUUCCAUUUUCCAGUCCUCCGAAGUCUUCUUCUCAGAAAUUUGCCUAAAUUGGAAAAGUUCCCUUCUGGUAUUGGAGAAAUACCAACACUUGCUUUGAUUCAAAUGGAAUUUUGUAGCGAAUCUUCAAGCAUUUCAGCAAUGACAACAUUGGUGGAACAAGAGGAGCAGGGGAAUGAGGACCUUAAGCUUAAAGUUUUUUUCCGGGGCGAUGAGAAAACAAUAGAGAGCUUCAGCAAGAAGGUUCGAGAAGAGGGUCUUCAAAGCAAAAAUCUCUCUCUCUACUGUCAAAAUGUGAAGACAAGAGUUUUUUAUAAGUUCAAUUUUUAA